CAGUUUCAAAUGAAACCAGGCAAUAGCGAGGGUAAAGACAAUGAACAUGGAGUGGUAGGGCAAGACCAGUACGAAGACAAAGAAAGCUACAAGCAGAAAAGCAUCCAUCAACUCGUCGGUAGGCUUAAUCUCUUGUGCAAGUACCAGAGCAAAAUAAAGUCACACACCUUUCUGCAAGUAUCUGAACCUUCAUUACAGAGGCAAGAACCUUGCGAGGAGAUUAACUUGGUCCAAACUUAUAUACAAAGACUCCUGAUGACAGAUUACAGAGCAAGAUACAUCCCAGUAAAAGAAAAACCCAGCGAGGUGUUCAGCACACAAAGAACCAUGGUGUUAGAUACAGGAAAGACCAAUGCUUUUGAGAAAAUUUUCAAGAGGUCUGCACCUGAACAAAGAAAUGAAGCCAGUAGAAGCCAGCCCAUUCACCCAAUGGAUAUUCAGAUGAUAGUUUACCUCUAUGCAGAUAAUUUUCUUCGUCAGCUCAUGGUAACAAAACUCUCACAGUGUCAGUAUGCUCUUCCUCUGCUCGUGCCCAAUCCAUUCUCCCAAGAGAUUGAAUUUCCUAUGUGGACCUUCCAAAAAAUAAAGAAAAGCUGGAAGUCAUGUGAAAAAAACAUUAGCAAAAAUCAAUCAGUCUACAAGACUGAAACACCCAUGGUUCUUUUUUUUAGGUUUUCACAAGUUUCUGCAUCCAAAUCUGCAUUAAUGAACAGCCUGAUCAAUGAGCGGCAUGCCACAUUCUUUCACAGACACUGUUGUGGAAGCAGCAAAUCCCACCUGUUGAUGGACGGAGUGGUUGAGAUCGCCUGGUACUGUCCAUCUGGAGAUAAAAACGAUAAAUUCACAGACUGUGUUGCAUUCUGUAAUCUUCAUGGUGAUGCUCAAGAUAAUGAGACACAGCUAAAAAUUCUGACCGAAGAGUCCUCGAUAAAUGUAGUGCUUUUGCCCAAUCUUGAUAAGAGUGACAAAAGUAUGGCAAUAGUGGAAAAUCUCUACAACAGCAAAAAGCCUCUCAUUUGCCUUCUGACUGAAGUUGACUCAGGUGUUUCCAAGAUGCAGGAAGGCAAAUAUAAAAUUGGCCUGAAACAAAGAAAUAAAUCAGAAAUAUCUGAGGAUGUUAGAAGAACCAUCAAAGACUGCCUCUCAAAACCACUGUCAGUUUUUAAACUUAUGAAUAUAGGCAAACACAGAGAAAUCAAAGUAGACGAGAAUGAUGAAGACUAGGGGAAGAAGACAGCAGAGUGGAUGAUAAGACUACUGGAGGGAAAGGAAUUGUCCAAAAUCAAAGAAACAUUUCUGCCUUGUCAGGGAAAACUGUGGCACGACUGGUGUCUGAAGAGCAAAGAACUACAUCGACCUCAAGGGGAUAACAUUGAAAUGCACAACAGCCAAAAACAAACAGAGAUGCGCAAAAUCCGAAAGCAGCAGAAAGCAUCUGGGGUCAGUACUUUUAUGAACCUGUUUAUUGAAAAAAUGUAUUCCAAAAAUGUUGACGAGAAGAUGUAUUUCCUUAAAUGGCUUGGGAUCCUCCUGGAUGAGUACACUUCAGAAGAUCUCUCCUUGCUUCAUCAUAAAUACGAUGAAAAAUGGUCAAAAGUGCUGGAUUUAAAAAAGAAACCCAAUAAAUCUGAACAUCUCACAGCAGAACAAUCACAACUAGAGAUACUCUCGGAGAAACUAAAUGCAGCAACAUUUGGCUUGGAGCAUAUACUUCGUGAAAUUGGCCAGAUAUAUGAAUCAAAUGUAUCUGUGAAGAAAAAUACGGGAACUGGAUGCACAGUAGAUGUCAGGUCUCUACCACGGAUUGUAGCAGAGCUCAUGAUCUCCGGUUACCCACUGGAGCUGAUGGACGGUGAUGCAGCUCAUGUGCCUCUGAUUUGGGUUCAAGCUGUUUUAGAUGAACUUAUCAAACUCCUGGGAGACCAGCGGGUCUUUGUCCUGUCUGUUUUAGGUAUUCAGAGCACUGGAAAGUCCACUAUGCUGAAUGCCAUGUUUGGACUGCAGUUUGCAGUCAGCGCUGGUAGAUGCACCAGAGGAGCCUUCAUGCAGCUGCUCAAGGUGUCUCAAGAACUAAGGAAACAGUUAAACUUUGACUACAUUCUUGUCAUAGAUACAGAGGGUCUUCGUGCUCUAGAGUUGGCUGGCAGGUCAACAAGAAAUCAUGAUAAUGAAAUGGCAACAUUUGUUGUUGGUCUUGGAAACAUGACUUUGAUUAACAUUUUUGGUGAGAAUCCAGCUGAGAUGCAGGACAUCCUUCAGAUUGUUGUUCAAGCCUUCCUGAGGAUGAAGAAGGUACGACUGAACCCCAGCUGCGUGUUUGUGCAUCAGAACGUUGGAGACAUUACAGCGGGUGAGAAGAACAUGGUAGGGAAAAGACGCUUGCAGGAAAAACUGGAUGAGAUGACUCAACUAGCUGCUAAAGAAGAAGUCUGUGAUGCAGAAUUCUUUAGCGAUGUCAUAAAAUUUGAUAUAAAGACUGAUGUGAGGUACUUUUCCCAGCUGUGGGAGGGCAGCCCACCCAUGGCACCACCCAAUCCAUGUUACAGUGAAAAUGUGCAGGAGUUGAGGAGCACUAUUCUGUCUCAUGCCUCAAAAAGUAAGGGCGUCACACUUACACAGUUCAGGGAUCGUAUAGGAGACCUCUGGAACGCUCUUCUGAAUGAAAACUUUAUUUUCAGCUUCAAGAAUACUUUGGAGAUUAUAACAUACAGAAAAUUAGAGGAGGAGUACGCAAAGUGGACCUGGAGUCUCAGAAGUGCCAUGCUGGAGAUUGAAGACAAACUGCGCAACAGAAUCAAUAACAGGAAACUGCAUAAAAUUGGGAGUAGAGAACUGGAAGAGGAGAUGGCAAAGACCCUUAAAGAUGUGAAUGGCUCCAUGAAACAUUACUUCACAGAGCACAAAGAAAAGGAGAUGCUGAUUCAGUGGAAAUUGAAAUUUGAAGAGAAAAUCAAGCACCUUUAUGGGGAGCUUAUAAGGGAUGCAAAAACAAAAUUAGAGAACAUCAUCUCUCAAAGGGAAGCUCUCACCAGACUGGUUCAAGAAAAAACCCUACGUGAAAGAAGACUCCUGGAGAAGAGCAAAGAACUUGCUUUAAGUCUUAAGCACAAGGCUCUUGAUGAGAAUGAGUUGAAAGGACUAUUUGAUUCAGUCUGGGAAAAGUGGGUCUCUGAGCUGACAACAGAUGUUCCACCAUUUAAAGAAAUCAAUAUAAAAUAUGACAUAAUUACAAUCCUUAAUGAAAUGCAUGAAGAAGCACUUGUUCUUGACAGAUUAAAUAAGUUUCAAAACAUUUUCCAUGUGUCUGAUUUCACCAUAUAUGUAAAUGCAAUCAAAAAAGCAAACAGAAAUUACAUUAACACUCCCCUGUUACCACCAGAAGAACAGGAGUCAAUAAAACAACUGAUGCACAAUGCCUUUCGUCAAACUGAGAAUCGGGUGAAAUCAAAAUCAGUUGCAAAAAUUGGAUAUAAUUUAACUUACAUACAAGAAAUUGCUCAACUUGUAAAAGAUACUGUUGGAGGACACAAGUGCAUGCACACAAAAUAUGAAUUCAAGAAAGAGUUCAUUGUUGAUUUGACACUAUAUAUGUGCCAACAGGCAUGUAUAAGUUUUGCAGAACUUCAACAGGUUUUCAGAGAGACUAAUGAUCCCUGGAUUUAUUUAGAGAGAAAGAAACCAGAAUACUACACUGUUUUCCAGGGAUUCUGUAAAGGUGCAACAUCUGCUGCAGUAUUUGGAGCCUUAAUCUGCAGUGAGCUGAAAGAACCCAUUCUCCAGAGUGUCUACAACAAGACCGCAAACGAUCUAGCAGGAGAGAUGCGCACAAAUAUUCCAGCUUUCAAAGGCAACAGGUCGAACCUGGAGAAACACAUUCUGAAAGCACUAGCAGAGGAGGAGGAGGACUUUAACAAUUAUAUCCAAUACAUUCAUCAUCCCAGGGACCACUUUGAAGAAUUCAUCCAACGUGAAGUUAGAGCAUUCAUAACAGAGGGUAACCCCUCAACUCUUGCAAUGAUCAAGGGAAACAUCAGACACAAAGAGCAAUGUGUCAUCACUGCUGCUGAAAGAGCAACAGCUGAAGUCUUAAGUACUGCUGGAGAUGCUGAUAUGUGGCUGGAUAUAUUCUCAGGCUCUCUGAAAGACGAGCUUGAAUACAAUAAAGAACACCUCACUGGUAACUGCUGUCAGGACAUCACUGAUUUUGAACUUCUGGAAGAGGUUGUGAAAAGAGAACUUUGUCCCAUAAUAGAAGAGUUGAACACAUACUUAACAAAUGUCUCUGAUAUUGAAAUGAAAAUGUCUUGGAAACCACCAGAUGAGAUUUUGAUAGAACACUUCUGUCAGUGCUGCUGGGUUCAGUGUCCAUUCUGUAAAGUUGUCUGUGUUAACACGAUGGAGGACCAUCCAGGAGAUCACAUUGCCCCUUUCCAUCGUAACUGUGGGAUGAGAGGGAUGAUUUAUCGAGGUACAACUAACCUUUGCUUGGACUUCUGCACAUCUUCAGUGGCGAGUGACACACAUUUCUUUUUCCCAAAAUGUAACUCAGAUGAAACAGUUCUAUGGAAGGAGUACAGAACAGCAGGUCCAGAGUUUGAGAACUGGUCCAUCACGCCUGAUCUCUCAGAGCUGCCAUACUGGAAGUGGUUUGUGUGUCGAUUCCAGGCUGAUUUGGAAAAAUAUUAUAACAAAACGUUCAGUGGUUGUGGUAAAAUUCCAACUGAAUGGAGAUCCUACACGAAAGAGCAAGCCCUGGAAAGUUUGGAGAAGUACCUGUAAGCUUUUAAAUAAACUCAAGUAGGAACCAUGUGUCUUAUAAAGCCUGGAGCUUGUUGCCAAAAGCUUUUAUUGUUCUCGUCACUUUUUAUAAAGAGAUUUUAUUAUACUGUAAUUAAAAUAAUAAAAAAUAUAUUAUUUAAUAUUAAUCAUUUUAGACAGAAAUGAUCAUGUAGACCAUUAGUUAGACUUUGAUGUAUACAGGGUUUUGAUUAAUAUCUCAAUGCCUUUUUUCUUCUUUUUCAAAUAAAUAAAUUGUAAGAAGUUUUGUUUUCAUUUGUUCGCAAAUGUAGUUUUUACUGACAUUGUUGUAGCAUUGACAUUGUACAGUCCAACACAUUAUUGUUUUGCAAUACAUUGCAACAUGACUGCUGUCUAUGGCACUGUUUAAUUCAGUAAUUGUUUUAAAGGUAGUUCUCGAGCAAAUUAAAUUAAAUUAU